AUGUGCAAUCUAAACACCACCCCAGCACUCACAGAUCAUCAAGAUCAAAAACCCUUCACGGCGGCGCCGCCGCAACAAGCCCACCUCUUUCUUGAUCUAAUAUCCUUCAAUCCGCAAAAGCCCACCAAAGAAACCCAAGAAAACCCACACCAAAUAGUUCUCCUGCCAACCCCAUCAGAGUUUUUAAACGAAAUUAAACAACUCUUCAGCCUUGCUUUUCCCAUAGCAUUAACUGCACUUAUUUUCUAUUCUCGCUCUAUACUUUCGAUGCUUUUUCUAGGUCACCUUGGUGAUAUUGAACUGGCUGCAGGCUCAUUAGCCAUAGCAUUCGCUAAUAUCACCGGUUAUUCAUUGCUAUCGGGUCUUGCACUAGGAAUGGAGCCCCUUUGCUCGCAAGCCUUCGGCGCUCAACGACCGAAGCUCCUUUCUUUAACACUGCAGAGGACGAUUAUUUUUCUUCUGAUUUGUUCUAUACCAAUUACAUUUCUUUGGAUCAAUAUUUCCAAGAUUCUUCUGUAUUUACAUCAAGAUCCCAACAUCACACGCUUGGCUCGCACGUAUCUUGUUUUUUCACUUCCUGACCUUAUUACAAAUUCAUUUAUUCAUCCUAUAAGGAUUUACCUUCGGGCGCAAGGUAUUACUCAGCCACUUACAAUGGCUUCACUUGCUGGAACUGCCGUGCAUUUGCCCAUCAAUUACUUGUUCGUUUUUCGGCUCAAGUUUGGCGUGUCUGGUGUUGCAGCUGCAUCCGCUGCUUCAAAUGUUGUCGUGUUAUUGACGGUUAUUAUCUACGUCUGGGCCCGUGGAUUGCACGUGCCAACAUGGACGAAGCCGAGCCGGGAGUGCUUGACUGGCUGGGCUCCGCUCGUUCAACUAGCUGCGCCUAGCUGUGUUUCGGUUUGUCUAGAGUGGUGGUGGUAUGAAAUUAUGAUAGUGUUGUGUGGACUUUUAGUGGACCCCAAGGCAACUGUGGCAUCCAUGGGAAUUUUAAUUCAAAUGACGUCCUUGCUUUACGUGUUUCCCUCGUCACUCGGGUUUGCUGUGUCGACUCGGGUUGGAAACGAACUCGGUGCGAACCAACCUCAAAAAGCUCGAGUCUCGGCAAUUGUAUCAAUUUUCCUAGCCGGUCUAAUGGGCUUAUUCGCUAUGAUAUUUGCAACAUUAGUUAGAAAUUUGUGGGCUCGAAUGUUCACGGAUGAUUUCAACAUCAUACGAUUGACAUCUGCUGCUUUGCCAAUUUUAGGUUUAUGUGAGCUUGGGAAUUGUCCCCAGACCAUCGGAUGUGGGGUCGUACGUGGGACCGCCCGACCGUCAACUGCGGCUAACGUGAAUCUUGGUGCAUUCUAUCUAGUGGGGAUGCCGGUGGCAGUUGGGUUGGGCCUCUUGCUAGGUGUUGGAUUUUGUGGACUUUGGAUUGGAUUGCUAUCUGCCCAAGUUUGUUGUGCUGGUCUUAUGCUAUAUGUGGUCGGGACCACGAAUUGGGAGUACCAAGCCAUGAGGGCACAGGUGCUCACAUGUACAGGAUGUGGUGAAACAGUAUUGCCUAAUGACUCUGAUCGUGAGAAUGAUAGAGAGCCCUUGAUUUGUGUAACAGUGAUAUCAUGA